CAACGACUCGACGCGAGGAGUACACGUCGUGCGGAUUCUCGUUCGCGCUUCGUGUAAUUCGCGUUACAGUACGUACGCGCGACGGACGCGGUAAUCUCGUCGCAGUGUCGCGCGUAUACGUUCCUUGGAGACAGUUAAGAAACAGGCAAUAAAGAUCAAGAUCGACAAUAAGUUUCCACGACACCGAGACCCACGUACUUUCGCGCGAGGACACGGAUUCUUGUUCGCGUUAUUGAAACGCGGGUCAUUUCGAGUGAAAGUGUAAAGUUUUUUUUUCCUAAAGCGGGACUAAAUAUGACGAAGUUUCUGAAAUCCACUGGCAUUGCUCCUUUCAACGAUUUAUCCCGGAGGUCACAGGCGCGAAAUCGUACUUUAUGUGCAAAUCAAAGCUAAAGUAAAUAGAAUUUCAUGAUCAAAAGAGGUCUAAGUAUUGGCUAUGUUUGCAGUGAUGUGAAAUGCAUAUUAUAUGAAUUUUCUUUGCGAAUAUCAAUUUUUCUUUUUCCUAAGAGAAACAGAAUUAGUGCGGAUAUCUAUAUCAUUACACCGCACCUGCAAUGAUAAAGAAUUUUGACUGAAAACGCCGGGAUUAUAUAUUAUUAUCAUUUGAAUUUUUACUUGGUUUGCCUCUGAUUGAGUCAUUUUUAAGUCAAAUAGGAGAGUGUACGUCGGUCUCUUGUAGAACCGUCUUUCGCUGCGUGAAAGGAAACGUUCGGAAACGCCGUACACUCGCGACCUUCGAUCCCGGAAUUAUUCCACAUCAAUGACGUAUCCGUCAACAAUAUCAUCGUCUAGUUCGACAAUACUAGAAACGCGACCCAGAAACUGAUACCUGAUGAGAACUUGUGUUUCAAGUGGAAAUUUCGUGGACAUCGAGUGAAGAACGUGGAGACUCGUUCGCUCAGUUCUCAGGCCGAUAAAAAGUACGUCAACACGUCGCGACCGGGUGGUACGAUUAGGGCUCGCACCCGACGUCUCGCGACGAGCGUUCCGAAGUGUGUGUAUACCGCGGGCAUUGCCAGUCGACCGGCUACUCGACGAAUGACAUUCCCUCUCGCCGUGGAAAACGGGGCGAGAUAUUCGCGAAUCUGGUCAAGGCCCGCCCAGCUGUUCGCCGACUGAUCGUGCGAACAGAACCGACUGCGAGCGUGUCGUCCGCGCUCUGCUCGGCUGCACGGUACAUAAGUGUGUCAGUAGGAUAACCGACGACAUUUACGUUUCGUUUAACGGACGCUUCUGGCCGGGAUCAUCGCGCGGACCACGGCGUUCGGCUGGCUUCCGUGCGGACAAUUAAGCACGUCCUACGGCGCGAUCAGCGACCAGCUGGGUCGGUGUGUUUACGUUUAAAGACACCACCGACCUUCGGCGUGCCGCGAUAAAUCGUGCUUAUACUCACGUGGCACACGGCCCGUAAAAUAUUUCAUGAAUACGAGACAAUGUGACUAAACUCGAAUCACCGUUGUAUAUUCGUGAGGAUAACGACAGCAGCGACGGUGUACGACUUAUAUCGUUACGCGAAAAGUUUGACCUUAUGUCGAUCGCCGGGAUACAGUUCCCCCGGCCUCUUUCUUCUUGCUCUUUUUUUGUCUUCAUUCCCGCCGACAUUGCUCGCGCCGCGACGACAGUGACGUACGCAGCACGCACGUCGUAACCGUCCCUCUCGGGCCUCCCGACGUUUCGCGAUGGAGGAAGAGGAGAGUCUCGUGACGAGCGACUGCGGUAUUUCAAUCCCGUCGAAAAAGGAGAGCGGCUACUUCGAGGAGAGCUGCGGCGACCUGAGCGACGUCAUUUUCAGUAAUUACAAUCACUACGGGGCGCUCCUCAGCGUCGACACCGCCGGCAUCUUGAUCAUCAACGAGGCCAGACGGUCGGACCACUGGGAGGAGAGCAGGAAGGGAUCCUCCUUUUCCUCCGGCCUUGUUGAGGACAUAAACGACCUAGAUGUUAACGACUCCGACGAGGCUAGAGACGACGUCAUUGAGAUACCUACAGACGCUAAGCGCGACGUCGUCGGGGGCUCCGAGGUAGUCGUUUACGGUCGCGAGGGCCCCAAGGGGCUAGCCUGUACCCGCGAGGACUCCUCGACGGCGAUCCUCUGCAUUCGCGAGGACUCCGAGAGACGCGCCAACCCCGCCAAGGCGCCUGUCCGCGUCCACGAGGACUCGAAAGCGGUCCUCUACGUUCGCGAAGACUCCAAAGCGGUCGUCUACAUUCACGAGGGCUCUGAAAUCAUCGACUGCACCGGGGAGGAUGUCGAGUGUGCAAUGAGCCCCUCCGUCAUCAUAGACGAUUGGAACGACGUGGAAAUAUCUGACACAGUAAAUCUAGCGGACAACGGCAGCCAGAAAGUGGAUAUGACACACUUCGACCUGCUGAAAGUCCUUGGCACCGGAGCUUACGGCAAGGUUUUCCUGGUGCGAAAGCGGACGGGUGCUGACGCCGGACGGCUUUACGCCAUGAAGGUGCUGAAGAAGGCCUCCAUCGUGCAGAAGAAGAAGACGACGGAGCACACCAAGUCCGAGCGGCAAAUUCUCGAGGCUAUCAGGGACAGCCCGUUCCUGAUAACUCUCUAUUACGCGUUUCAAACUGACGACAAGCUCUGUUUGAUAUUAGAAUAUGUCGCCGGCGGUGAAAUGUUUACACACCUGUAUCAGCACGAUUGCUUCACGGAGGACGCGGUACGAUUUUACAUCGGCGAAAUUAUCCUGGCGCUAGAGCGUCUUCAUGAUCUUGGCGUAAUCUAUCGGGACAUCAAACUCGAGAACAUACUCUUGGAUAAGGAGGGGCAUCUCGUUUUGACGGAUUUUGGUCUCAGCAAAGAGUUCCUACCGCACGAGAGGAACGGCAAUGCGCGUACUUACUCGUUUUGCGGAACUAUCGAGUAUAUGGCACCGGAAGUGGUAAAGGCCGGCCCGAACGGCCACGAUAUCGCCGUCGAUUGGUGGAGCGUGGGCGUGCUAACGUUUGAAUUACUGACCGGUGCGUCGCCUUUUACGGUGGAGGGCGAGAAGAACAACCAGCAGGAGAUCUCGAGGAGGAUAUUGAAGAACGAUCCGCCGCCGAUGCCGAGCCACCUGAGUGCUAACGUGAGCGAUUUCAUCACCCGUUUGCUGGUCAAAGAUCCACGUCAGAGAUUGGGCGGUGGGCCGCGCGACGCUAAAGAGCUCAAGGAGCAUCCCUUCUUCAUGGACGCGGCACCGGCCUUCACUUGGGAGGGUCUGGAGAAGAAGCAGAUCAAGCCGCCUUUGGUUCCCAAAAUUACGCACGAGUUGGACACCAGCAAUUUUUCAGAUGAAUUCACGAAGAUGAAUGUCGCCGUCGACAGUCCGGCGGUCGUCGAUGGUGACUACCCUGACAAACAUUUCAGGGGUUAUUCCUAUGUAGCGCCUUCGGUACUCUUCACCGACAACGUGGUGAGCAGGGAUAUCUUCGGUGGCCAGGAAGGUGCCAGUUCGCAACGGCCUUUGUUGUCCGAUCUGCUCAACACGUGCUUCGAGGAGUCCACGUUCUUCCAAACGUACGAGUUAGACCAAGCGGGACCAGCUCUGGGCGACGGCAGCUUCUCGAUUUGCCGGCGGUGUCGUAAUCGCAAGACCCAGCAGGAAUACGCCGUGAAGAUCGUCAGCAGACGUGUGGAUUGCAGUCGGGAGGAGAGCCUGUUGCGUGCAUGCCAGCGUCACGCGAAUGUAGUGAAAUUGAUAGACGUCCACCACGAUCGACUUCACACGUACAUCGUGAUGGAAUUACUCUCGGGCGGGGAAUUGUUGCAACGACCGCGGCCAUUCACGGAGCGGCAGGCGAAGCGGGUGAUGCGACAAUUGGCGUCCGCGGUGCGGUACAUGCACUCGCGCGGCGUAGUGCAUCGCGAUCUCAAGCCGGAGAAUAUCGUGUAUGUGCACCAAGGUGAGGACUCGUCGGUGAAGAUAGUCGACUUCGGUUUCGCCCGGAUGAAGAACAGCUGCGAGCCGUUGCACACGCCCUGCUUCACGCUCCCGUACGCUGCCCCGGAGGUUGUGGCCAACCAGGAAUACGAUGAGAGCUGCGACAUGUGGUCUCUGGGGACCAUUCUGUAUUUCAUGUUGUCCGACAGUCCACCCUCCCGCACGGACACACCUAACGUGGCGAUGCGCAUCAAGGCCGGUGAGAUUAAUUUCGACAGCGAGGCCUGGAGUCACGUGUCCCCCGGUGCCAAACAAGUGAUGAAGGGUCUGCUGAUGAUCGAUCCCAACAACAGACUCACCGCGGCUUCUCUGGCGUACCAUCCGUGGCUGACGAUGUACGACGCUCCCGGCACGAUUCUCCCGGUGACGCCUAUCACUGACGUAGCACCCGUGGACAGCGCGGCGGUAGCCGCCAGUUCAACGUCGACGCAGGAGCGCGACAAUUUCCGCUUGCGCGCGGUCGACGCCGCCAAGCUGGCGCAGCGUCGCAAGCACAAACGUUCCAAUUCCAGUUCCUCGACGUCGAGACCGUCUUCUUCCUCAUCCUCGAGUCCGUCGUCAGUUCAGUUGCUGCAUCUACCAAGCGCCACGGCGAGCGCCGCGAACACUUCCACCUCGUCACCGAGCGUCUUCGACUUCAACGACGAAGUUGUUAACGAGUACCUGAGUUCUCUGUCUUCUUCCUCCGACUCGAAUUCCUCAAUAAGACUCUCACUCCUGCAAGAAUUGGAGAGGACCGCGAAGAAGCGGCCGAAACGCCACGCCGACCACGAGUCGUCGUGUCAGCAGAUGAGCCCGGCGAAGAAGCAUCGACACCGGCGCGACGUCGACAGCGAGGCCAGCGGCAGCAGUAGUAGCGGGCCAAUGACGCGAUCGCGGAAACGUAAACUCGAACAAACAAUAAAUUCGGACAGGGAUAUAAGGUCUGACAAUUCCGCGGAGUCGCUCGAGUCGUCCUCGCAGGUCGCGCACGACGAGGGGGAUGUCCAUAGGAGACAUAAAGCUGGCAAGCGGCCCAAACGCCUCCCCACGAUUAUAGUCGAGUAGAGUUUUCCUACUUAUGCUUGGUCCAGUAAACGCUCCAAUCAAUUCACACUUUGUUUCCUAUGCAUUUUACACGGUAUAUAUUGUAACACCGCUGCCUUCUGCGUUCUUCCUACAGGACGCGAACAUCGCAUCAUUCCUAUCUCACCAGAGUUUUAGAAAUAUCAUAUAUAGAUAUAUUAAAUAGAGUUAUAUAACAUAACUAUAUGCCAUCGCAUCUUCUCUAAAAAAAUCUCGGUCCAUUUUCUAUCUAAAUAAUUAUAUAAUUGAAAAGUGCAUUCUUGUACGAUGCUAAUUUAAAUACAUCGGAUAGGUAUACCAGAAACGGACGUGUAUAAAACGAUACAUCGCUGUCAGGGUCUCAACAAAGUAUCAGCGUUUCCCCGCGGGGAUUUACGCAAUAUAUACAGAAUUUAUUACGCAGUGUACAGAAUUUUAUUUUUAUUAUCGCUAUCAGAGAGUAGGGAGAGAGAUAAAGAAAGAUGUAAGAGUAGGCGGACGCGAAGAAUGAGAUGGUGAAUCGUUUUGUUGCGUUAAACUGGGAUUGUCUGUGAUUAUAGUGCGAGGACGACAAACGUUGUAAAUUAUUGUAACUUAUUAUACACUCCCGUUAAAAUUUUCUUCCAACGUCACUUCUGCGAUCGAUAAUCAUAGGGAUGACGAUAUAGCGAUUAACUAGCCAAUAAGAAGAAAAUUUUAGCGAUUACUUGAGACGAGUGUAUAUGUGGUGAAUGUGCCUCAAAAGCUCAUUUCAUUAUGAGUACAUUAAAGAUAUUAAUGUAGUAGAAAUGACGCGCGAUUACGCGAAGAUAACAAAAGCAACUUUGUUAUUACCAGUGGUACCUCAAUAAUGAGAAAAAAAAGGAGAAAAAAAACAUUUAAAAAGUACGAUUUGUUAAAAAAAAAAUAUAUAAAUUAAGCACUCUUUUACGGAUAGCGUUAUUGAGAAUAACGACAUAUUUAUAUACGAUUAAACAAAAUUUGUUUAUAUAAUUAUACGUUAAAUAUUAAUUUUUACAGAUGACUAUAAAAAGAAAUGACGAUGUUUAUUGAUAAUAGAUAAUAAGUACAAUCGAAAAGAAUUUCUAUUCAGUAUUUAACAUUUUUUUUUUUUCAUAGAAGCCUCGUCACACUUUGAUGUAUUUGUGUAGUAUUUGACAUACCUGACAAUUUUGAGAAAUGAUGGAAAUGAAUGUGAGUUGCGGUAAAGCAUUCAGAGAGCUAUGAGACAAUGUAUUAGAUUUAAUUAAGUCAGAUUAUUUUGUGAUCUAAUAGUAUCAUUAAUUCAAUCAAUGUAAUUUUUCACAAUUCGAUUCGAUAGUUGACUAAUUAUCGACUUACAUAAGCGAGAAGAGAUUAGUUUGUUAACGAAUUGUGAAUUAUUUCCCCUUUGUCGUUUAUACUGCAUUCUUCCGCGAUUAAAAAUGCAGUGCAUAUUGGAAGAAGGAGAUAUUUUUUCCAGGCAGUUCUGUGGGUCACAAAAAGGGGAGAGAUUUAUUUAAAAACGUGCAACAUUUCCGGCCUUAAAUUUUUCUUUUCAUUUGAUUAGAUUGCUGUGUUUAUACUAGUGAGACGAUUGUCUUAAUCGAUGUGUAAUAUUUGCUGUGAGAGAGAUGAAGUAACAAAAUGGUAAAGACUGAAAUGCGGUUGUAUAUCAACUCAGGGAACAGAACGCGUUAAUUGAGUAACGUUUUGUGUUAUCUUGUACGAGAUAGCGUUAUACGCGAAGAAAAGCAUGCGUGCAUGCUUCUACCAAAGAUGACUGAAGCGACACUCCUCUGUUAAACCAAAUAAAGUAACGGUGUGUAGCGGAGAGAAGCUAUACGUGAGAUAUUAUCGAAUUUAACAUUGUAUAUAAUAGUUAUUAUAAAUAUUAUAGAUAUUUAAAACGCGCGCGCAAAGAUGUAA